CUCCUCCCAAACUAAUUUUAUAUUUCUAAUUCUAAGACUUACUUUGAAUGUAUACUUUCAGCUAGGGAAUCAACACAAGCAAAACCAAUUUUUUCCUCUCUUGACAUCUCGCCUCCUAUUGGCUCCAGGCAGGUCAGCUGACUUUGUCAUUUUGUCUGUCCUGGAGUGGAGCCGUCCCUAUAACAAUCUAGUUCAGACUACAAACUGGAGACAGAAAUAAAUAUUAAAGAAAUCUUACAGGCAGGUAAAGGAGAAGAUAUGAAUUCCUAUUUCACGAACCCCUCUUUAUCCUGCCAUUUAGCUAGUGGCCAAGAAGUUAUACCAAAUGUGGCCCUUAAUUCAACUGCCUAUGACCCUGUUAGGCAUUUUUCCACUUAUGGAGCAGCGGUUGCUCAAAAUAGGAUCUACUCUUCACCAUUUUACACACCGCAAGAUAAUGUUGUUUUCAGCUCCAGCCGGGGCCCCUAUGAGUAUGGAUCUAAUGCAUUUUACCAGGAAAAGGACAUGCUUACUAGCUGCAGGCAGAAUUCUAUGGGACACAAUACACAGACUUCAAUUGCACAGGAUUUUAACAGUGACCAAAACAGAACCAAUGUCCAGGAACAGAAAACUAGCAUACAGAUCUAUCCUUGGAUGCAGCGCAUGAAUUCUCACAGUGUUUGUCUUGUGUCUGAAUCCCUAGGGGUGGGCUAUGGAACGGACAGAAGGCGAGGUCGCCAAAUCUACUCUCGUUAUCAAACCUUGGAGCUGGAGAAAGAAUUUCACUUCAACCGUUAUCUGACCCGGCGCAGGAGGAUUGAGAUCGCCAACGCACUUUGCUUAACAGAGCGUCAAAUCAAAAUCUGGUUUCAGAACAGGAGGAUGAAGUGGAAAAAGGAGAGUAACCUAACAUCCACCCUGACUGGGGGCACUGGUGCUAAUGCUGACAGCCUGGCCGGGGGUAAAGAGGAGAAGCGAGAAGAGACAGAAGACCAGCCCAAAGAGUGAAUGGGGGGCUUCCACUACCAUCUCUCUACUCCCUUCUACUAUUCCUCCACCCCCUCAGCUGGCAGAAUUCAUUUGGAUGGGCUGCAUUACGGAAACAAAUAUAUAAAUAUAUAAAAAAUAUAUAUCUACCCAUCUGUUUUUUAUACAGCCACUUGUGGACUAUAUGAAUCCAUUGAGGGAA